CAUCCGAAAUCGAAUUUACCCUCCCUAAUACUUGGUAAUCUUAGCUCCCUAUUUCUCUCGUUCGCCGAUCCAUGUGUUCGAAAUCCACCCUCUUUUUAUUCGCGGACUUAUUCGCCUUGUGCACCGCGUAAUUACUUAUUAUUUAAAUAUCGCUUGUGUUAGUAGGGGCUUAUCAACAUUGACAGACUAUCGACGUAAUUUACUAGUUAGAGGAGAAGCGAAUUAUUGUCUCGGAUCUUUAUGCGUUAAGAAUUAUUUGACGAGGCGAUGAGUACAAGUACGUUUUGAGUUGUCACUUUUCUGAAUUUAGUUAUUUUCUCGAUGGUGGCGGAUAAUUGAUAUUUGACAGCAAUGGUUUUUACGUUAUUACAAAGUUUCGUAUGCGUGGGCCUACGAAUGCCGUGGUAGUGUAUGUGAUGGAAUUGCCGGGACGCCGAAGAAUCUGAAUUUUCAUUGUUAUUAUUUAUUGCUCGAAGAUUUUGUCAGUAAUGAAGAAUUAUCGUUGUCGUUGAAUAUAGCCCUUAGCUGUCUAUCAAUAAUGAGAGAAAGUUUAAAACUUGAUUAUAAAAGGUUAUGGAACGAAAAGUCUUAAGCCACUAUACAAGGCCAUCACUACUUGGCCUAAGAGAGAAUAUUUAAAAAUUCUUUACAAAAUUGAUUAAAUCCACUUCGUUAAUAUCUGCACCAAGAUGCACGUCACAUACGAAUAUCAAAUGUAUUAUGCGGUAUUCGAUAUUUAAAUGUUAAGUAAAUAUAAAAUUAUUUAAACAAUACGAAAAGUAUGAAAGCUUAUGACAAAAAUUGUAAAUAGAUUGAUACACAUGUACAAACUUUUUUUUAUUGCAAGAAUGCGACUGAAAUUAGCAAAAUCAUUGCUUAUUCUUGUAUUACUUGGCAACACUAUUAUUUGGUAUAAGAUAUGGAAGCUGUUCGCAGUCGAUCAGUCCCAGUCUUUGUCGGAGACUGGAACAACGUUGGAUGUUCCGCAGAAGCUUCAUCGUCGACUAGCUCGUUUAGUCAGUGUGGUCGUACGACAAUUUGAAAGCUUUGAAAAUGAUGUAGCCACAACCGUUAAGUUUAUUUUAAAUUCAUUCCCUACCAUGACCAUAAUCAUUGUUUGCGAUGAAUUUUUAUAUCCACCAUUGGAAUUAGAUUUUACAAACGAGAGCUUGAGGAAUGUUCAUCUUGUAAAUUUGCAGCCAAGUUUCAAUAAAUCAUCGGAUGAACGUAAUCCGUUAACUUAUGUUCAUACCAAGUUUGUUUUGUUUUUGCCAGACGCGACAAGAUUAAUUACCAAACAAACGCUGCAGGAGGCAAUAAAUCAGGCAUCAAAAUUAGGAGUCGUUUCUGUCCCCGUAGGUAAAAAUUCUUUAAAUUGCCUUGGCGUUAAAUUGAACAUUAAGGAAUGGAGUAUGCAAGUCGCAAAGGCAAGUGGGACAGAAUGCGACGCGGUGUUAGGAAAACAUGUUACCAUUAUGGAUGUUAAAUUAUUAAAAAAACUAUCAGAUCCAUUUUUAUUGCCAUUUACGGAUGCUCUUUAUCUGCAAAUGACGUCACUUGGCAUUAAGGUAAACAUUUUGAAAAAUUUUCACUUUAAUGAGGGGAAACCUUUAUACCGCAGUCAGCAAGCACAAUGGAAAUUACAGCAACUCCAUCGAACUAGAGAACGUGUAAUGUACGAAAAGCUUGGAAUUAAAAAGGUGGUUCGAGCGUCUAGUAACACAGAAUGGUAUGGCUGUUCAAGGGAAACCAAUCAUUGCUUUGGAUCUGUAGUGAAUGGCAUCCCAUCGUAUCUUUACCAAAAUCGUUACACUCCGCCGUGUUGUCUUGCUGGUUUAAAGAAAGUCGCUCAUCAUGUAUUCGAUAAAUUAGAAGAAGUAGGUAUUCGAUACUGGCUCGAAGCUGGUUCGUUGUUGGGUGCUAUGCACAAUGGAGAUAUCCUACCAUGGGAUCACGAGGUCGUGGUUGGUGUAAAUCGUGAUGAUUUAAAUAGGUCGCCAUGGCUAACCAAAGCUAAGAAUAAGGCUGUAGUGGAUAAUCAUGGCUUUGUAUGGGAGAAAGCCACAGAGGGAGAAUUUUUCAAAGUUCAGUACUCAAAAGUCAACAGACUACAUGUGAAUCUAUUACCAUUUUAUGCAAGAAAUGGAACCAUGACAAGGGACUCGUGGUUCUUGCGGAAUAAGGAUUUUCCAGAACAGUUUUUGCAUCCAAUGUCAAGUAUUGAUUUUGCUGGUAGGCAAGUGCCAAGUCCCAAUAACAUAAGAGACUUUUUAGAGAUUAAGUAUUAUAAAGGUGUGAUAGAGAAUCCGGAAUUGCCGGGGAAGAUUUCUCUUGAUUGAGGAAAUGUUAUAUCGAGUUGUAAUAAAUAAACAUAGUUUAUUAUUUCUGUUAUUUUUUGGCUAUGGUACGUCCUUGUUGGUAAUGGAAUGGUACUAAUUCAAAAGAUAAAGUGAAGCAGCAGAAUUUAUUUUUCAAGGGUACCUCAAAGCGAUAAAUAUUGCGAAAAACAUGCAGGGAGUAUUUUAUUGUGUAUUAAAAAUUUUUUUUUAUUAAAAUUGUUUAUCUUAUUGAAACGAG